UCUCAAACUAUUUUAAGGUUAUUUUAAAUACGUCAAGUAUUUACCCACAAAUAAUUAUUUUAUUAUUCAUUAUUAAACUAUUAAAUUCAUACUUUAUGUAAGCAAUAUUAAUAUCAUAAUAUAAAUAUAAUGAUUAUUGAUGUAACAAUUUAGUUUUUAAAAAAUUAAAUACCAAAACGUAAUAUUAUUUAUUUAUAUGAAUAAAAAAUGCUAAAUAGUUAAUAUAAAAUAAAAAUAAAAAGCAAAUAUUAAUUAUGGCAAUGAGAAAAAGAAGUGGAUCUGGUUCAAAACGCCAGCAUAAAGGUAAAUUAAUUCCAAUUUAUGAAAGUUUAUUCAAAGGAGAAGAUUUGACAUCAGGACAUCCAAAUUUUUGGAAUGAAGUCUUUCUAAUUAAACCAAUAGUAUCUCAUAUAGAGAGUGAAAUUUUAAAAAUGACAGUAGAACAGUUAUUAAUUAGCAAAAAUAAUUUAAAUGCAUUGGUUUGUCAUUGUAUUGAUACAUUAAUAGACGAGCAUCCUUUUCGUGUGGUGUAUGCUUUACAAACAUUAGCUGCAGUAAUACAAUCGAUUUAUAAAAAAGCUAGUCAAAAUGAUUGUGAUUUCAAUUUUAUUGACAUAUUAAUUGGUUUGAAUGAAACUGAACAACGAAUGACAACAUUAAUGCAACAUUGCAAUACAUUUUUACGUGGCGAAUAUCCUGAUAGUUUAAAAGCGCUUUGUCUUAAGCUUUUAUUAAUUAUUGUAACAGGAAUGGAUAAUCUCAAUCAAAAUAGUUUGCUUGAGUAUGUAAUGGUAAACGGAGUUUUUGAAUCAUUAAUUCAAUUAUUAAGAGACACAUCCGCAAGAAAUCGUCAUGGGCAUGAUGCCGUACUGCUUUUAACUCUUUUAGUUAAUUACAGAAAGUACGAAAGUACAAACUCUUAUAUUGUUAAAUUAUCAAUACUUGAUGAUGAAUUGGCAUUAAAUGGAUAUAGUCAAGUUAUAUCUGGUUCUUUAAUGGAAUUUUGUCGACUGUUUGUUCAACAAAAAGCUGAAGUACAGGCUUCUUGGCUAUCAUCAUUGACCAAUAUGGUUGGUAGUAUGUUUGUGGGUGAAGAAGAAGCUAAAACUCAACAAGUACGAGCGAAUAAUGCAUUGCUAUUAGCUCUUUAUGAAGCAACGCAUCUUAAUAGAAAUUUUGUAACGACCUUAGCAUUUACAAAAAGUGAUACCAGUGCUCCGCCAUCACCCAAUAACACAUUAGGACCUAAUGCAGUUGCUCCUGGAUCACAACCGCCUGAUAUUAUAGCACAGCCAUUUAAUUUACUUGCUAUAUUUUUGCAAUAUUGUUCAAUUGUCAUGCAAGCAAUAAAAACUGAAGCCAUUUUAAAUAAUGUUAAAUUAUGUUUUCUUAUAUUAAGUUGUAUUGCCGAAGAUCAGUAUGCUAAUAACUUAAUGCACGAUGCCAAUCUUGCAUUCAGAGUUCAACUUCAUCGUGUACCGAUGUAUCAUCGUAAAAUUCACGAUAAAGUAGCUCCAACUCAGCCACUUGCUGCUACACUUUUGGAUCUUCUUGUUGAAUUUAUUACAUCGCACAUGAUGAAAAAAUUUCCCUUAGAAUUGUAUCAUCAGUGUAUAGGUGUACUACAAAGAUUAUUAUGCUAUCAAAAAAGAUGCGGAGUAAGACUUGGAUAUCAAUGGAAAGAUCUAUGGACAGCAUUGUUUAAUCUCCUGAAAUUUUUAACUACUCAUGAAGCACAUCUUGUGAAAAAAAUGAAUAUUUUCCCAUUAGCAAUACAAAUUGUCAAUAUUUUAAACCUUUUUAUUACUUAUGGUGACACUUUUUUAUCAUUACCUAGUAGUUAUGAUGAAUUAUUUUAUGAAAUAAUUAGAAUGAGGCUUAUUUUUACCAAUUUAAAUGCUAUGGCUCUUCGAUAUUCAACAACUGAAUCAUAUGAGUAUAAAGAACAUGCAUUAAAACUAAUGAAUAGUCUUGUUAAUAUGCGAGAUAUCGUAAAUCAUUUUCCACCAAAAAUAUCUGCUUGGUUGGCAAGUGAAAGCCUCUCAACACCAACUGAACAACAAAUUCUUGCUAUUAUUAUACAAAACUAUGAUACACUUGCUUUAAAAUUACAAGAUAAUUUAGAUCAAUAUGAAAGAUACUCAGAAAAACCAAAUCACACGACAUUUUUUGAAGAAAUGGUAACUGGAGUUAUUAUUGAUACACGCGCUUCAAUAAAUUUAAAUGCGCUAGAUACUCAAGCAAUUCUUCAAGAACUUUCAAAUAUAUCGUAACGCUUAAAUAAAUUUAUCAUUAUGGCGAUCUUAAUUUAUUUUAAGCUAAAAAAAAAAUUAUAUAUAUAAUGAAACAUAACCAUUUAAUUUAAUAGAAUU